GAGUAACCAAUCAGAAACCAGAAAAAUAAUACACACACGGAUAUUUAUUAUUUUAAAGUGAUAUUUUUUGUUUAUUGCUUUAGCAUUCUGAGAUGUAUGAGUAAUACGGGAAAUAGAGUGGCAAAACAAUUGGCGAGGGAGCGAAAUGCGUGUGGAAGAGGAGGAGAGAGAGAAGAGCAUAUUCCUCACCUCGGCGCGGCUUUGCUGGCUGUGCUCGCUCAGACUCUCCAAGGAAGCUGCGAUGGAGACACGAUGAAAUGGACCGGAGGACAGUGGCUGGAAUGCCGUUGUCGUGACGGGACGUUUCUACAACGGCGAAUGCGCUUUUUGGGAAGUCAGAAAAUGUGUCCUAUUUCAAAACGGUCGGUGGAUAUGGAGCAGUAUUACUACACGGGUAACUUCCAGUCGGUUCUUUUUCCUCGUGGUUUUCUUUACAAAAUGUUUAACACGACGCUGAUAUAAGAUAUUCUCGGCUGUGUGUUUUGCUGUUGGUGGUGGGGUAGAUUGUUAGAAAAAAAGAGCAAAACAAAAAAAAAAAACAUUUUUUUCAUUCAUUGGUAGACAAUAUGACACGAUAUUUACAUCGAAACGUUGUGUGUCGGACGCCAGUGCGCAUGCGCGGUAUUGGACGGCGUUAGCUCGCCUGCCAGCCAGCCAGCCGUCCUGCGAUGUAGGCGCGCAAGUGGAGGAGAAGAAGGCAAACACAUUGCAGCGUGGACAUGACGACAAAGUGUCAACAGCGCGGCGUGAAGAGAAUUCCACUCAGCCGGCCAUAAAAGUGUCAAAGCAUGUCCGGGACAGCGGAUGCAGACGGCGUGGAGGGAGCAGUCUCCAAAGUGCAAGUGAAGAGGGAGAUCAAGACCAUCGUGGAGAAUUUGGAAACCAUCCUUGGGGACCUCAAGGAUGUGGCCAAGGAGCUCAAAGAGGUCGUCCACGAUAUCGACACGCUGACGUGCGACCUGCAGCUAGAGGAGGACGGCCUGACGGACAGCUCCAAGACAGAUACCCUCAACUCUAGCUCCAGUUCUACCGCCACCACCACCACCACAGCAUCCAGCCUGGAGAAGAUUAGACUUUUCACAGACGACUGCCUCUUCAAACCUGUCCCGCUGCCUGCCAUCAAUUCCGGGGUGCUGACCGUUCACAAGAAGGCACACCCGCCCUUGCCGCCGCCCAGACUUACAUCUGUGAGAGUCGAGGAUCACAACGGGAGGAGUCUGCCUCACCCCACGUUAGUGUUGUCAGGGAAUCUAUCCAAAGCUAACGGAUCGCUACUGAAGAACGGUGGUGUUUUCCCAUUGAAGCCAAACCGGGAGUUAUUCUCCCCAACUUCAUGUUUUAUUACUAAUGACGGCGGCAUACCGGAAUCGGGCCUGGUGCCCACACUUCCCAGACCCAUGCCUCUGCUCCGCCAUGAACAGAACAAAUGCCCCAAGGCCCGCAGCAGGGAGCCCCGUGAGCGGGUGCGUUUCAGCGAAAAGGUCCAGUACCACGGCUAUUGUCCGGACUGUGACCUCCAGUAUGACGUAGAUGACUCAGAGCUGCACUUGCAGGCCGAGCUGAACGACAUGAGGCUCAGCCCUGUCCACUGCUGCUCGUCUUCCUGCUCCCCUCUUCCUCAUGAACUGCAGAAUGGCGGCCUCUCUGUCUGCCACAGUUAUCCGCCGAAGGCAAACACACCUUCUCCUCCUCCUCUACCUUGUGUACCUCCUCACUCGGCUUCCCUCAAACCUCAGAAAACCAUCCUGCGUAAAUCGACCUCGACCACAGUUUGACGACAAGCCCCCCAUGUUUUAUAAAACUUGAACACACCUGAAUCAUCCAUAGUGUUUUCUACUUAGCCAGCGCCCUCUUCUCCAGUCCAAUUUUUCGGAUUAUUCAUACAGAGAGAGGCCAUACAAUGGGAAACAAAAGGAGGCAGAGUGGCAUCACCAUGGGCUCCGAGAUAUAGUCGACAAAUUUUCACAAAGCGGUCCCCUCAGGAGGCUUGUUUGGGCGACGGCGAAGGAACCGAGCAUCAAUCUUAUCUUUGAAAGCUGGCGACCAACAGGAGAUAAAUCAAGGCUUUGAAUUCGGAGCGUUUAAAGAAAAAAAACAGAAAAAAAGGCUUCCUGGCAUAGUGAAAUGAGGGAGGACAUUCUGAUGUAGUCCUCACAAAGUGACAAGAACCCUAUUCAUUUUGAGUUGAACUGAGUUAUUAAGAUCCUUACUGAUUUAAAAUGAUGAAAAAAAGCCAUAUUGGUUUAUUGUUAAAGGUAAGUCACAAUAUUUAACCUGUCUUUAAAUGGCAACUUGUGGCGCCCUCUAUGGGAUUGUUCUCAAAAUGUUAUAGGUUAAAUAUCAUGUACCAGUAGUAAGAUUAUUUAUUUACUACAAACCAGAAUGCUAUUGAUUUUGAAUGGGGGGAAAAAAACUAAGUUGAAAUUGCCAUAAACAGUGUCAAUGACUUUUUGGACAGGAUAGAUGGGGUCAGAGGUCAAAUGAAUUAGGCUACAUGUUAAGUCUCUUUUUAAAGACAGGAACGCUAUACAUUUGAAAGCCAGUCUGGACAAGGAACUGAGGUCAAAGGUCAGCUCAGUAUAAGGAUUAUUUCCCUAAAACAAAAAAAGAAUGUUAUUUUUAUAUGAUGAAAAACACAAAAAACAAAGCUAAAGUUCUUUCUUGCGUAUAU